UUUGUUCAGGAGAGGAGGGGGGCAUAUAACAGGGGUAGCGCGGAGGUGUCUCACCAGGAACGGUGUAUGAUCGGCCGCGUUGCUUUAUCGUGCGGGGCGAUGGGCACUUUGAAAAGAGUAUCUAUGAUGUGGAAAUUCAUGGGAGACGUGCUGUUGGUAUGCAACUAGUAGUGUGGAUGGCUACAUCGCGGGCCCUGGACCGCGAUAGAACACCACCACUCGCAAGCAUUUGUAAGCUGAGGGCGGGGCCAUGGCGAUGGAUGGGAUGAGGGGAACUGUUGCAAUGGCGAUGUGGGCUGUACAUAAGGGAGGGGGCCUCGGAUGCCAGACUAGAGGCUACUUCAACGCUCACAAUUGAUCCGAGUUUCGAACCCAAAGCUACUUUAUACCUCUCCUCCCCUGUGCCUGCACUGCUUCCGCACCUGAUCCACGAAACGCCGUACGAACUUACACCGCUCAUCCUCUACCAAGGAAAGCAAGCAUGGCACAGAACCAAGCAGUCAAGACUGUCGCCGUGGGCGUCGCAAAGGUCGUCGACGUGCCCGUCCCCGCCCUCCCGGCCGACGACUACAUCCUGGUCAAGACGACGGCCGUUGCCAUCAACCCGACGGACUGGAAGCAUGUCGACCUCGCCGACAAGGCGGGGUGCGUCGGCAUCUGGGUCGGCUGCGACUACGCGGGCGUCGUCGAGGAGGUCGGCAAGGGCGUGACCAAGGACUUCAAGAAGGGGGACCGCAUCUGCGGCCCUGUCAAUGGAUCGAACGGGCUGAGGGAGGUCGACGGCGCCUUCGCAAAGUACAUCGUCGUCAAGGGUGACCUGCAGAUCAAGACGCCGGACAACCUUUCCGACGAGGAGGCCGCAACGCUCGGCAUCGCUGUCACGACGGUCGGCCAAGGCCUCUACCAGACCCUCAACCUUCCCCUCCCCACCGCCCCGACAACCGACCCUUCGGCCACGAUCCUCAUCUACGGCGGCAGCACCGCCAUGGGCAUCUCGGGCAUCCAGUAUGCCCGGCUUUCCGGGUACAAGGUCAUCGCGACCGCGUCGCCGCACAACUUCGAGUACGUCAAGUCCCUGGGCGCGAGCGAGGUGUUCGACUACAAGUCGCCCACGGUCUCGGAGGACAUCCGCCGGCACACCGGCGACGGGCUCACGCUGGCGUGGGACUGCCAUUCGACCAACGAGUCGGCCACCCUCGUCGCCAAGGCGCUCUCGAGCUCCAAGGGCGGUCUCAUCGGCACACUCCUGCCCGUCGACGAGAAGGUCGUGCAGGAGGCCAACCCCAAAGUCGAGGUCAAGAUGUCCCUAUACUACAGCGUCUUUGGCGAGGAGUAUGGCUACUUUGCAGGCAAGAGGGACGCCGUCCCCGAAAAUUACGAGUUCGGCAAGAAGUUCUGGGAGAUCAGCCGCGACCUGCUGGCCGACGGCAAGCUCAAGCCCAUCCGCGUCAUCAAGAACCAGGGCGGCAGCGGCCUCGAAGGCGUCGUCGUCGGCCUCAAGGAGCUGAAAGAGGGCAAGGUCAGCGGCGGGAAGCUGGUCUACACCAUCUGAGGGCGGCGGUUGUCAAUGGGCCAAGACGAAAAAGACAGAAAGGAAGCAAGCGUGACGUGGAACAUUGAUAUUGGGUUAUAUCUGGGCCCUUUGGCCCACAGCAAGGAAACAUGACAGUACCGCUGAAA